AUGCUUUCCUUCACCACUGUCGUUGCCGCCAUCGCCGGCUGCUCUGCCAUCGUCAAUGGCGCAGCUAUCCCCAGUGAGAGUGGUCUUCACACAACCACUCUCUACAGUCGAGACGUGGCCAAGAGCCCUGCUCACGUCCUGAGCAAGCGUGAGCCGGUUACUGUGGCCAUCCUCACCGCGGCCGGUACCGCGGCAGCCACUGCCAUCGUGACCGAGGCCGUCAACGCUGCUGUUGCUUUCAUCGGCGAUGUCGCCAACUUCGACUCAGCUCGCGAGGCCUUCACCAAGCAGACCACCGAUGCUAUGAUGGCCAAUAACCCUGAUCCUGCUCGUUUCCAGGCUGCUGCCUGCUACAACAAAGGUUUCUCUGUUGCCGACCCUGCCAACAUUGAUGGGCAGUCUUCGGUUGAGUUCAAGCUGGGAGUUCUCAACACUGACUACGAAUGCAUGUACAUUGCUGCGCCAAACCAGUUCUAUACUGAGAGUGAGGGUGGUUUCAUUAACCUUUCUUAUACUCACACCGACCGAUGCACCUUCGACCAGGAGACCGGCGAUCUCACUUGUGUUUGA